AUGCAAAGUCUCCUGUGCCUCACCCGUCUCCUUCUCUCUUUCCCCCAUCCCCGUUACAAGCAUGUUGGCAUGGUGUGCAGAGUCUCCUGCGCCUCGCCCGUCUCCUCCUCUCUCCUCGGUGCUCUCUGCAUCGCUGCCGGCUCGCUUGCCUCCGCGCAGGUAUGCAAGCAUGCGUCUACUCCCUUCUUGCCUUGUCCAUCUCCCCGUCUCCUCCUCUCUCCUCGGUGCUCUCUGCAUCGCUGCCGGCUCGCUUGCCUCCGCGCAGGUAUGCAAGCAUGCGUCUACUCCCUUCUUGCCUUGUCCAUCUCCCCGUCUCCUCCUCUCUCCUCGGUGCUCUCUGCAUCGCUGCCGGCUCGCUUGCCUCCGCGCAGGUAUGCAAGCAUGCGUCUACUCCCUUCUUGCCUUGUCCAUCUCCCCGUCUCCUCCUCUCUCCUCGGUGCUCUCUGCAUCGCUGCCGGCUCGCUUGCCUCCGUGCAGGUAUGGUUAAACACUGCUGUCUCCCUCGCCUCCGCGCAUGUAAGGCUCGGCACAACGCGCCACCCUCACAUCCUUCCAGUUCGCAUUCCUACCUCACCCUCUCACCCCUCCCUCACCACGCUGUUUUACAAGAUGAUAGGUGGCCGCUUCUGCAACCUCAUGCCCAGCGACGUGCAAAAACGAGGUGCCUUCGCCUCCUUCUCCCUGCCAGCCAAGGGCAGCAAGUACGCGACAGGGAGCUCAAGGGUUCUGAUCAAAGACCUCUUUCAUCGCUACGGCUGCCACCACUGUGGGACAAGGCGGGGCGACUGCAUUGCAGAUCACAUCCCCACUAACCGGGACGUGCAUGGGGCCAGGCGCCAGGGAAGCACAAGGGGGACAGGAACAGACACUGGAAAGCCGGGCGUCGGCGAGGGGAAUGUGGAGGACGGGGCGGGAGGAAGGGUAAAACGAGGGACAGAAGGGGCAAAGCAGGGUGCUGAGGAAGCAGGUUCAGGGGCUGCUGGUAAGGGAGGGAUUUUCGGAUGGCUGGGCCUGAGUCCUGGUCAGGCAGGGCAUGGAGUGAGGGAGUCGCAGAGGCAGAGGCUGUACCCGCAGUGUGCUGAGUGCUCCGGAAAGCAGUCGGCUGCCGUGCGCAAUCAGCGCCACACACUCGUGCUGCACCGACGGUCAGGAUGGCCCCUGGUGAGCACUGGGUGUUUUUGA